AUGUCUUCAGACUACAUCCCCGCCGAUCAAAUCGACUCCACCUUCGCCCACACCACCAACCUCGCCUCCGCCGCCCUCAACAGCACCGUCCUCUCCUGCUCCAACGAAUACUUCGCCGCCGCCUCCAACCUCCUCACCCCGACCCCUCCCAUCAACCGCCCCGGCGUCUUCAUCCACACAGGAGCCUGGUACGACGGCUGGGAAACCCGCCGCCACAACCCCGCCCCCUACGACUGGGCCGUCAUCAAGCUGGGCGUCUCCAGCGCCCACAUCUACGGCGUCGAAGUCAACACCGGCUUCUUCAUCGGUAACUACGGCGAGAAGGCCUCCCUGCAAGCGACCUACGCGCCCAACACUCCCGACUCGGAAGUCGCCGAUGAGAAAUACACUGGCUGGACGACGAUUCUCCCGCCCGUCGAGUGCGGGCCGUCGCAGCGGCGCGCGUGGAAGCUGGACCCGGAGGUGCACGGCAAGGCAUUUACGCAUGUGCGGUUGUUGAUGUAUCCCGAUGGAGGGUUUGGACGGUUGAGGGUCUACGGGAAGGCGAUUCCGGGAGAUGUUAAGGUGGAGGGAGGUGAGGAGGAAUUGAGUUCUGCGCUUGUCGGGGGUGUGGCGCUGGCUGCGUCGGAUCAGCAUUUCACGCCGUGUUCGAAUCUGUUGUUGCCUGGGAGGGGUAAGGAUAUGGGGGAUGGGUGGGAGACGGCGAGGUCCAGGGCCAAGGGUCAUGUUGAUUGGGCGAUUGUGAAGUUGGGGUUGGUGGGGAGUGUGAGUAAGGUGGUGGUGGAUACGAAGGAUUUCAGGGGGAACUUCCCUAGGGAGGUGCGCGUGCAUGGGCUUGUUGAGGGGAGUGUGAAGGGCGAGGAGGAGCCUACGCAUGAUCAUCCUGGGUGGGUGGAGUUGGUUAAGGGUGAUAGGCCUUGUCGGGCGGAUACGGAGCAUGUCUUUGAGGGACAGGAUUUGGCUGCUGGUGGGGAGGAUACGAGGGCGUUUACGCAUGUUAAGUUGACGUUGGUGCCGGAUGGAGGUGUCAAGCGGUUGAGGGUGUUUGGGAAGCGGAAGGCUGUUGCUGCUUGA